AUGUCCGUAAAACAUACCACAGAAAAGGCUCUACAAAUGCUAAGGACGCUGCCACGUGUCACAAUCGGAAACAUACGCGACAACCCGCAGUCGAAACAGAACUCCAAACGAGGCCGUGGACAACAUGGAGGAGAUAAACACGGCGCUGGUAAUAAGGGAUCUGGCCAACGACAGAACUAUAUGCGACUCGGCUAUGAAACCGGUAACACCCCGUUCUACCUUCGCUUCGGGUACGAGCCGUACUACAAAGGGCACCAUUUGAAGCGCGAGUAUCCUCCGAUUAGCUUGCACCAGCUGCAAAAGAUCAUCGACACGGAUCGGCUAGACUCACGCAUGCCCAUCGACCUCACGACCAUCUGCAACACGGGCUUGUUCGAAAUCCGGCCAGACCUGCUGCAUUACGGUGUGCAGCUAACGGACGAAGGGGCAGACGAUUUUCGCGCGAAAAUUAACAUCGAGGUUCAGCACGCUCCCGAACCAGUCAUUGCAGCCAUCGAACGCAACGGUGGCGUAAUCCGGACCGCUUACUACGACCCUCACAGUCUGUACGCGGUCGUUAACCCCAAGAAGUGGUUCGAGAAAGGUGUCCCCAUUCCCAGGCGCAUGCUUCCACCACAGGACGCCGUGGAGUACUACACGAGCGCACGAAACCGAGGCUACCUGGCCGAUCCGGAGCAAAUCAGCCAAGAGCGGCUCGUGUUAGCGCAGAAGUAUGGUUACACGCUACCCAAAAUCGAGGAUGAUCCUGAUUACGAAAUGCUUGUGCAAACCAAAGACCCACGGCAGAUUUUCUACGGUCUGAACCCGGGAUGGGUGAUCAGCUUAAAGGAUCGUGCAAUCAUUAAGGAGAAAGCUCCAACCAUACAGGUUUAGCGCGGCGUUAGUUGAAUUGAAAUACAUUACGCAAAGCAUUUCGA